GCCCACACAUCCACACACACGCAAACAAAAACUUUGCUCUCCUGCGAAACGUGUCGCUCUUCGAAUUUCAAAAGUGAAUAGGAGUAUUGUGUUUUUUUUUUGCUUUACGCCGUCGCAAGAGUUUUUUUUGGUUUUCCCUCCCCUCUUCCCGCCGUGCGCUUCGUUGUUGAUCUGAACUGCCGCACUAACGCACGCACGCACGCAAGGAACUUCUCAGAGCAGCAGUUGCUGCACAUCGCUUUUCUCUAUUUUCCAUUCUCCUUUUUUGUAAAAGAUUGACUCCUGCGACUUCGCGCGCGCUCAGUCGUCAUCGUCUCGCGUCAUCCCCUCUUCUUCUCUUUCUCAUUUUUUCAUUUCAUUGAUUUCCCUAUCAAGUCCUUUGUCAUGGUUCAGUCUAGUCAAUACCCCGAGGAGCGCCAGGCGCGGCGCAUUCUAGAGCUCUCGUACCCGGAAGUAGACGAGGAGGUGCGAGAGAAUCUGGCGUACCUCGUGUCGGCCCGUCGAAUGACGCUCGACGACGCUUUGGCAAAGCUUGACACCGGGGGCGGUGGCAUCCAAAAGCAUAAAGCCACAAAGCCAACCACCACCACCACCGCUCCCGCACAAGCGCCUUUGACGAGCUGUGCGACGAACGGGCGACGCGCAGGGCCGACCGGCAGCACCGCGGCUGAGGCGCUGCGGCAACGCAAGGGCCUUCGCAAUGACGGAGCAGAGGAGACGGGAAGAGGUCAUCGACGGGUGAACGACGACGGCGAGGAGGCAGCCGCGGAUUACCGCAGAGGUAAUGCACGCCAUACGACGACCACCACCGCCCCUGCGGGUAGUCGGAGCAAGGCCACCGAGAAGGACGUCGCGACCCCCACGAAGGCAGCGGCCGCUGGCUAUCCUGCUGUUUCUUCACGAAGUGCACGGCCGACCAUCAGCGCUACGCCCCCCAAAGCCGCUGCUUCUUCGCGGCUGGGCAAUAGCAUCUCCCGCGAGGUGCGGUACAACCGCAAUCGGUCCGACACGCGCGUCAGCCGCAGCGAUUCUGAGCUGACGGAGUUGCGGGAGUCUAGCAGGUCCCUCGUGCGGAGUGAGGAUGACUGUGGGCAGCACAGCGCGCCGGAUUUGUUGAACUCGAGGGCCGCCGGCGACAUGGGCAGCGGGUCGGCUUCGCUGCCGCGUCAAAGGUACACUGCCGCCUCGACCCGUACGGGGGCUAGGUGGCGGGAGGUAGACGAAGACAGCGCAGCGGCGGCGGCGGCGCUCGAACCGAGAAACAAAGCGGCGUGGGCGGAGUUGGCAGAGAAGAGGCAAGUGUCCUCCAGCUCCACAAACGGUGUGUCCUCCUUGCGGAGUAUAAACGACAAGGAGGACGGCAACGUCAGUACAAAGGAGAACACGAUGAACGCGCUCGACGACGGCGAGCCGAUGCUCACCGACGCGAAGCUGGUCACCGACGAGGAGAAGGCCGCCUAUGAAGAUAGAAUGAAGGACAUGAUGCAUUACUGGUACCGUGAUGAGACGUCGAUGUUCGACUACACGCUACGGUCGAUGCCGACCGGACAGGUGCUCUUCUUUACCACAAGCAUGACCGGGGACCGCAAAGUGCGCGAUCACUGCCGGCUGAUGGAGAACAUGCUGUACUUAAAGCUCAUCCCCCAUCACACCAUCGACGUCGCUGACAGCGAGUUCUUUCAGCGGCGAGUACGACGCAUGUAUACGCAUAGCACACAGAAGCGGGUGAUGCCGGACAUGCCGCUGCUUUUUGUGGAUGAUAAACUGAUAGGUGACUUUACCGCCGUGCAGGAGUUGGAGGACGCCGGGGAGUUGGACGCGAAGUUGCUGGAGGCGGGCUGCUCAGUGCUCCGUCCGCGUGCGGUAGCGCAGGUGGAAGCGAAGUUAGCGGGUCUGCCCGGGACGCGUUUGGUGCUGCCCGCAAGUGUGCCCCAGCGAAUCAAUUCCAAAUCGACGGCGGAGGGCGACUCAACUGGCACCUCCGCGCGUCCCACCGCAGCAAAGAAGCGGGCCGCGACAACCGCCACCACCGCUCCUGCUGUCGAUUCGACGCAGGAUAAAAGGCAAGCGAGAGAGGGGGACGGCGAGCACUACCCUGUCCUGUCGCCUCUGACGCGUCGAACCAAUACCAGCGAAGUCGUGUCGCUCGCAGGCCGACCACCGCCGCCUCUGCGCACGCCAUCGACUAAGUCAGCCGACACGACUUCCCAUCCCCCUCCUACUUCGUCCUCGCCGUCUGCCCCCAAUAGAGACCGUCGCCUUCUUGGCAGCGAACCAGCGCGUGUGCACGACGACGAUAUCCACCUCCACGACCCGAUCAAUGCAGCGCCGUCGUCCGCAACGCGUCGCGACAGCAGCGGCACCGCCCCACGCGUCACGACAGGGGCGGCGAUCUCGUCAUCCGGUGCCACGGCGCACAGUGAGAACCGCAACGUGCGUGCAAGUGCGCGGAAUACGCUGGGACACAACGAUACAUGCGUGGCCGACGCAGAGAAAUACCCCACCACGUCAUCCGCCGUCCCGCGAUUGCCCUCGCUGUCGUCCAGAAAUAGGGAGACCUACAACGCGGACCUGACAAGCCCGUCUGCUCGUACCUCCAACACGCGGCGCUACUCGGCGCAACCGCGUGCUGCUGCCGGUGCAGCGGCGGUAUCUCGAGUGGAACUGUGCUGA